GAGGGACCUUAAAGCUCCGAGGCGGCCAGGCCGGGGCCGCCCGCUCUGCAGCCGCCGGCGGAGCCACGUUGAUCGGCGCAGCCCGGCCGCGGCGCCGGGAGCUCCCGGCGGCGUGACCGCCCCUCAGCAGCGGGCGCCGCUGAGGCAGCUCUCUGUAAGCGCGUUAUGUGAAGUACGUACGACAGCUACGACACCAGGCAAAAUCGAGGUUCCUGCAAUUACAGCCUGGAAACCCUGCUUGCCAGACACAUCCUUUGAGGAGCCCCAGAGAAAAGAGAGUGGGCAAAAGGAAUUGCGUGUGAUUGGGUUAGAUCUACCUUAGAGAGCAAGGCAGUGGUGGACAAGCCUCAGCCUGGAAGGAAGUGAUAUCUCCAUGUGUCCAUCUCCAGCCAGGCACUGCAAUGUAAAUUUCCAGGUCAGAGGAUUGAAACAAGACAAUGGAUUGGGGAGCUCUGCAUACCAUUUUGGGAGGUGUAAAUAAGCACUCCACCAGUAUCGGGAAGAUAUGGCUCACAGUCCUCUUCAUCUUCCGUAUCAUGAUCCUGGUUGUGGCUGCAGAGAGAGUCUGGGGAGAUGAACAAGAUGACUUUGUCUGCAACACACUUCAGCCUGGCUGCAGGAAUGUUUGCUAUGAUCACUUUUUCCCCAUCUCUCACAUCAGACUCUGGGCCCUGCAGCUGAUCUUUGUCUCCACACCUGCACUGCUGGUGGCCAUGCAUGUGGCUUACAGGAGGCAUGAGAAGAAAAGGCAGUUCAGAAAAGGAGAUCAGAAAUGUGAAUUCAAGGACAUUGAAGAAAUUAGGAAACAGAGGUUUCGUAUUGAAGGCUCCUUGUGGUGGACAUACACCGGCAGCAUCUUUUUCAGACUGAUCUUUGAGGCUGUCUUCAUGUACGCGUUUUAUUUCAUGUAUGAUGGGUUCCGAAUGCCUCGCUUAAUGAAGUGUAAUGCCUGGCCCUGCCCCAACACUGUAGACUGCUUUGUUUCCCGACCUACUGAAAAGACGGUGUUCACUAUUUUCAUGAUUGCUGUGUCCAGUAUUUGCAUUCUUUUAAACGUGGCUGAAUUAUGUUACUUACUGACAAAGUUUUUCCUCAGAAGGUCUAAAAGAGCUGGAAAUUCAAAAGAGCAGCCCAACCAUGAGAAUAAGGAAGAAACCAAACAAAAUGAAAUGAAUGAGUUAAUAUCUGAUAGCUGCCAAAACACAGUUAUAGGGUUCACAAGUAGCUAAAGUGGUGUCAAUGCUGAUGUUCACUCUUUUUGGAGUGAAUGUUUCGUUUAAAGGCUGCAAAUGAAAUUUGUUGUAUGAAACAAAAGUUGGGUGAGGUUUUGAUGCAUAGUGUCAGAUGUCGAGUAGGUACACGUCUGGGAAAAGUCAGGGCAGCCUAAACAUGUGAAAAUUGUGUGAGGAUUAAAUAGGAAGGUACACUUUCCUGUGAGUACCCUUACAAGCUGACUAUGACAAGUGGGAAGCCCACUGCUACCUUCAUGCUGACACAGCUCCUGAAAGCUAAAUGCAACAGCAAUAAGAACAAAACUCUUUCCAAGCUAGGUAUUCUAGUAUUACAAGAUGUUUUGUAAUAGUGAUAGUUUUUACUUGUGAACUGAUGAUUAAAAUAUUUUUCUAAAAUCUAAGAUUCCAUGUUACUUAAGGUGUUAUAGUACACAACUGUGUUUUAUUCUUAACCAGGCACAUGCAGAUGAACCCUGUAAUACCAUAUUCAUAGGGAGGAGAUGGCAAUAGGCUACAUACAUCUUCACAGCUUUGCAAGUGCUGCUUGAGUCUGGGCAGGUAGCUGGAGAUGCUUGCAUACACACUGCUGGCUGUAGGGGAAUUGUAUGAAAGCCUACCAGUGUGGAUAAUUGAGAUACCUAGAUUCUGAGAGCAAACUCGUGCCUAAAAACAGCACAAAAAUAUAGUUACAGCCUAUGUAGAUUUGUUUAAACAGCUAGCAGACCUGGUCAUCUUACCGAUCUCUUUAUUGCAUACUGUCAGUUUUAUAGCAACUUGCAUAAGUUUAUGUAGAUGUUUAUUUCUCUAAUGUAUUAGCUUUAUUUGUUUCUUUAUACUGUAUCACAUCAUGGAACUUUUUGGGUUUUGAUUUGUUUGCUUUUUUUGUAGUAGACUGAUGGUGCUGUUAUGAGACUUGAGUCUGUCUGGUUUCAAGGACAUGGAAAAGUAUUCCUGGAAAUGGAGCAAGUCUUCUGAAUAAAAGGCAAACACUUUAACCUUU